GCCAUGCGUACCUCCAACAAAUUUAAGCGGAUAUGCGCUUGGUUUACUUUAACUGAAGUUUUCUAAGACAACUCUAGUUAUAACAUUAAAAAGAAAUAUCUCCGAUUCCAACAAAGAGUUCUGUUGCACAUGUGACAGACAGAUGGUCGCUGUCAUUACAUUGUCGCAAGGUAGCUAAGUUUGAUUAGCAAAAGUAAUUUUAAUUAUCGCCUCUACUCCCUUUUCAAACUAAGAUGAAGGACACCAGUAAGAAUAUGCGCCUGCGUGAGUGGUUAAUUGCUCAGAUAGACAGCGGGAAAUAUGCAGGACUCAGCUGGGAAAAUCAGGAGAAAACCAUGUUUAGAAUACCCUGGAAACAUGCAGCAAAGCAGGACUACAAGCAGAACGAAGACGCUGCACUGUUCAAGGCCUGGGCAGUGUAUAAGGGGAAGUACAGGGAGGGUAAGGACAAAGCUGACCCCUCCACCUGGAAGACCCGACUGCGAUGUGCCCUGAACAAGAGCACCGACUUCCAGGAGGUCCCCCAGCGCAGUCAGCUGGACAUCUCCGAGCCCUACAAGGUGUACCAGAUCCAGGCAGAGGGAGGCAGCGGGGCAGAGUCCCCAGGGAAUCCUGUGAUCUUCGUGGGCAGUCAGCCUGGCAUGCCCCUUAGCGUCCCAGCCAGUCUCCACCAGUUUGGCUCCCACGUUGAGGCGGAUGCAGACUGGAGGCAGAGGAUGGACUCCAGUAGUCAGAACCAGCGUUCUAUCUCCUUGGACACGCGGAUACAAGCCCAGAGAGCCCCCACAGACAGUGCAGGACAUGCGAAAACUGAAUCCUCUUCAUGGUGCAUAUCUGGAGUGACAGGUUCUGUUUCCACUGGUUCCUUCUUACCAACAAUCCACCAAACAGGGUUGCAAAUCACAGAUUUCCGUCUGCAGGUGCGCCUGUACUACCAGGGCCAGCUGGUCCAGGACGUCACCACCAGCACGCCCGAUGGCUGCUGGAUCCUGCACGGGUCCGUCCCGAUGGAGAACGAGCGCAUCUACGGGCCCUGCACAGCGGAGCAGGUCUGCUUCCCCCCUCCCAAAGUGGUGUGCGUGCCGCCCGGCAUCACCGAGGCCAUGGCCCGCCUGCUGCCCCACCUGGAGCGGGGCGUGCUGGUGUGGGUGGCCCCUGAUGGGGUGUUCAUCAAGCGCUUCUGCCAGGGCCGUGUGUACUGGGGCGGCCCUCUCGCCCAGCACCGUGACCGCCCCAAUAAGCUGGAGCGGGAGAAGACUUGCAAGCUGCUGGACACACCCAUCUUCCUCAAAGAGCUUCAGCAGUUCCUGCAAGAGAGUGGACCCAAACCCAGCUUUGAGAUCGACCUCUGCUUCGGUGAGGAGUUCCCUGAAUCCGGCCAGAGCAAGGCCAAGAAGCUCAUCACAGCACGAGUUGAACCUUUGUUCGCCAGAAACCUGUUGGUGAACAUGCAGAGGUUGGAGGUGGUGCCACGGAUUCAAGUGCUGAAGACCAGAACCGAGGACAACCAACAAAACACACUGUGCCUAGGUCAGCUAUAACACCUGGCGAGUCUCUACUGAUUACUGUGGUAGAACCCAGAGCACGCACUGCCUUACUUCAUAUAAGAAGGCAGGGGGAAAGAGGAAAGGAUGCAGAGA